UCGCGUGAAGACACCACACACAUCGUGAUUUCCGUCUUGUAUGUUUGGAAAUGCUAUGUAGUGCUAAAAUAUUGUGUGUGUAUACAUAAUUGUGUAUUUAGUUGUUUUUUGUGACAUUUUCUUGUUUACGAAUGAUGAAUAUCCUACCGAAGAUCACCCUCGCUCUAAAUACAAACUUUUAGCAUCAGCCAUUGCGCUACGCCGGGUUUGUAGGUCACAGCAUGUGGAGAAGAACAGUGAAGUCGUUUUUAUGGCGAACUGACGGACUCAAUAUAAUCAACAAAUUCCAUGGAUCCUGCAGCAGAGGUGCGUGUGAGAGGACGUGGGUCAUCCCCACGGGAUUUGACACAGGUUUAAAGACUUUCAACAGCCUCACAAAAAGGAAAGAGCCUCUGAUUCUGGCCCGGGAGGGAGUCGCCACUUGGUACAGCUGUGGACCUACCGUGUAUGACCAUGCCCACCUGGGCCACGCAUGUUCCUACGUCAGGUUCGAUGUCCUGCAGAGGAUUUUGUCCAGAUUAUUUGGCAUCACGGUUAUCCAUGCUAUGGUCAUCACAGACAUCGAUGACAAAAUCAUCAAAAGAGGAUGGGAGGAGAAUAUAUCUCCCACCAUCAUCGCCAGAAUGUAUGAAGAGGAAUUUAAGAAGGAUAUGAUGUCAUUGAAGGUGAUUCCUCCUGUAGCUUAUUUAAGAGUCACCGAGAACGUACCACAAAUUGUGGCGUUCAUUCAGAGGAUUAUCGAACACGGAAAAGCUUACGCCACUAAAGAAGGUGAUGUGUACUUUGAUAUCCAGGCCAUCGGGCAACGCUACGGCAAGUUUGGUGGAACUGUGGAUUCUCAGGAAGAAUCUGGCAGUUCCGGUAAAAAAGACGUGCGUGACUUUGCUCUGUGGAAGCGAGCGAAACCACACGAACCAUACUGGGAAUCUCCAUGGGGCCCAGGAAGACCAGGAUGGCAUAUUGAGUGUUCUACCAUAGCGAGCUCCGUGUUUGGGAGUCAGCUGGAUAUCCACUCAGGAGGUGUGGACCUGGCUUUUCCUCACCAUGAAAACGAGGUGGCACAGAGUGAAGCCUAUCAUCAGUGUGAACAGUGGGCCAAUUACUUCUUGCACUCAGGACAUUUACAUCUCAAAGGCAGCGCAGAGAAAAUGUCUAAAUCUCUGAAGAACUACAUCAGCAUCAAGGACUUCCUGCGGUCUCACUCUGCCAAUGAGUUCCGGAUGUUCUGCCUCUUGACCAAAUAUAGAUCAGCUAUUGACUACAGCAACAGCAGCAUGUCGGAGGCUGGGAUCUCCCUGGCAACCAUCUCGACCUUCUGUAGUGAUGCUCAGGCCUACACCAAGGGCCAGCUGCAGUGUUUACCAGUGCAGGAUGCAUUUCUCUGGGAGAGGUUGGCUCAGACAAAAGCUGACGUGACAGCCGCUUUGGCCGAUGACUUCGACACCCCUCGAGCGAUGAGUGCCAUCAUGGAUUUAAUUUACCACGGAAACUGCCAGCUACAGCCCAUUUCCUCAUCUGCUGGAGCAGUUAGAAGUCCAGCAGUGUUUGGAGCCAUGACGGCCUACAUCAGAGACAUAUUGGAUGUGUUUGGGAUUGAACCGUUUCACAAUAAGGAGGUCGAGGCGAUGAACCACUCUGGAAGCCUCCAGGCUGUCGUUGAUCAGCUGACUCAAUUCCGAAGUGAAGUCAGAGCAUUUGCUCUCGCCCGACAGACUACUACUUCCGAGAAACCGGCACUUUAUCCAGAAAGAAUCCCUCUCCUUAAAGCCAGUGACGAUUUAAGGAAUAAUCUGGCACCUCUUGGUGUGCUUAUAAAGGAUCGAGGAGCCACCUCCACAUGGGAGCUAACUAAGGGAAAGGAGGAUCAGAAAUCACAGGAUGAAAUCGAGCAGAUACCUGUCUGAAAAUGAAGCCUGAAUGGACUCAAAUGAUGUCCUUAAAGAAAGAACAAAUAUUUGAGUCUUGACUGAGCAAGAACUUAAAGCAAUGGAGACAAAAAAAGGACUCCUAAAGGAGCACAUGAAACUUGUUUUUUUAAUUAAAAAAAUAUGAUACUGUGUCCUGGGCCCGCCGUGGUGUAGUGAUUAGCUUUCUGGACUUUGCGCGGGUUCGAAUCUCCACUAGUAAGCAUCAUGGGUAUUUGUCAGGAAGGGCAUCCGGAAUAUAAAGGCCAGAAGUCACGAUGCUGAUCCACUGUGGCGAAACAAUCAUGAUACUGUGGCCUGGAAAAUCUCUCCGACAGAAAAAGACUGCAAUGGCCAAAGUCAAACCUAAGUCCUCAGGAGUAAUGGAAAGGGUUGAGUUGCAUGACAAGAAGGUCCGUGUUGCCAUUUUUGGUAAGACAACAAAAGACAAAACUGAUGAACUCCGCUGAAGCCGCCGCACAAAGGUGUGAGACGGCUGUAGACCAGUGGAAUAUUCAGCGCGGAUCAAGUCCUGUUCUCAGGUUGUGGUAUGGAUCACUGGACUCAGACUGAUCAGAGAGUUGCUAGCCUGGGCCAGCUCCGUGAUGGAAACCCUGCCUCUUUGUUUGAUGAACUGAGCCACAGAAUCCAGUUCCGCUGGAGUGAUGGAAAUAAACUUACCCCUGUCAUCAAUGACACCUGGAAAAAACAGUAUUAUUAGUUAUUUGUAUACA